ACUGAUAAUCGCCGGAAAUUUGCCCUCCCGCUGUCAUUUUAAUUGAAACGUUCGGUAUCUCACAUGACCGUGUUUCAUUGGGAGGAACGGUGUUUCGUGUGAUGCAAUAAAAAGCAUGCUUGUGCCGAAUUUAAAUUCGUGUAAUUUUUCAAAUUUUAAUUGACAUUUUUUUGUAUUCUUUUUAAGUAAAUGUGAAACUCGAAUUGCCAAACCGCUAGUGUCUUGUGAUCUUGAAAUGGCUCUCGGAUCUUCGGUCGAAAAAGAGGUUAAAGAUGAGAAAAAUUCACCCGACUACCACACCGAGAAAAAAUCGAAUAAACCAGUAGAGAAUAAGGUAUAUUCAAAUGGCGAUAUUUGCCCAAAACCAGCGACAAACGGUGUCUCGAACGAUGGCGUAUAUGAAAUAUCCACCUUGAAGUUGGGCAAUCAUACCGAUAUCUCGACGGUGCCCGAAAACAACUCGCUAAUCAUCGAUAAAACCGCACCGACUCCUGUGGUGAAAACCGUUGCAAAAAAAAACCGUCCGGAUAAAUCGUCCAAAAAUAACGAUGAACAAACCAACGACCAAAAAGAACCGGAGACGAAGUGUUCGCACCAAAAUGGCAUCGCGAAUGGCGACAGCGAAGAAAGCGAUCCGGACGUAAGUGCUGAAAAAGGCGAACUCGACGCGAAUGAGAAAAGUGGCGAGAAAAAAGGAGAUGAGCAGGAUGUUGUUUUCAUACAAGAUGUCGGAUUCAACGUGAAAAUCCAAAGCCCCGGUACCGAGAUUUUUGAAAUUCAAGUUUCCAGUAUGGAAUUGGUGCAGGAGAUCCAUCAGUUGCUUAUGAAUAGAGAAGAUACGUGUCACAGGACGUGCUUUUCGUUGCAGUUGGAUGGCAACACGUUGGAUAAUUUUGCCGAAUUGAAGAGUAUCGAAGGACUCAAAGAAGGAUCUGUUAUCAAGGUGGUAGAAGAACCUUAUACCAUGCGUGAAGCUAGAAUUCACGUGCGUCACGUUCGAGACGUAUUGAAAUCCUUAGACCCGGCCGAUGCUUAUAACGGUGUAGAUUGCAGCUCGCUGGCGUUCCUAAAUGCAAUCACGCAAGGCGACGUUUUAGAGAAAAAGAAAUCUCGCGUCGAAAGCGUCGAUUGCACUCCUCCUUCUCACAUUAUGCCAAACAAUCGCGAACGACCUCUACUUCCUUUACAUCCGUUGGGUAAAGAUUACAAAGGACCACAAUGUAUAAAAGUUUUAACCACAUCCGGAUGGAAUCCGCCGCCGGGUUUUAGAAAAAUGCACGGAGAUCUCUUGUAUUUAUACGCUAUUACGUUAGAAGACAAACAUUAUCAUAUUACCGCCUGUACCCGCGGAUUUUUCGUUAAUCAGUCGACCGAAGAAUUGUUCGAUCCGAAACCGCAGAUACCGCACCAUCUUUACCAUUCGUUGAUCGAGCUUUUGAGUCAAAUCAGUCCCUCGUUCAAGCGUAAUUUUUCGUAUUUGCAGAAGAAACGCAAUCAAAGGCAUCCUUUCGAAAGAGUCGCUACGCCUUAUCAACUGUAUUCGUGGGCUUCGCCUAAUGUCGAACACACCGUCGAUGCUAUUCGUGCCGAAGAUGCGUUUUCCUCGAAACUCGGCUACGAAGAACAUAUACCAGGCCAGACUAGAGACUGGAACGAAGAACUACAAACUACUCGAGAGCUUCCGCGUAAAAAUUUACCGGAAAGGUUGCUCCGCGAAAGAGCUAUUUUUAAGGUUCAUAGUGAUUUUGUUGCUGCAGCGACCCGAGGUGCUGUCGCAGUCAUCGAUGGUAAUGUGAUGGCAAUCAAUCCAGGCGAAGAGGCUAAAAUGCAAAUGUUUAUUUGGAACAAUAUAUUUUUCUCGUUGGGUUUCGAUGUUAGAGACCAUUACAAAGAAUUAGGCGGAGAUGCGGCCGCAUUCGUAGCUCCGAGAAACGACCUGCAAGGUGUCAGAGUCUAUAAUGCUGUCGAUUUACAAGGCUUGUAUACUCUCGGUACUGUGGUGAUAGAUUAUCGCGGAUAUCGUGUUACUGCUCAGUCCAUUAUUCCUGGUAUUUUAGAAAGAGAACAAGAACAAUCAGUUGUAUACGGUUCGAUCGAUUUUGGCAAAACGGCCAUAAGCCACGAACAAUACAUUAUCCUGCUCAGUAAAGCUGCUCAACAUUUGAAAAUUCUACCUCAUAAAGUAAUCAACGACAAAAACGAAGAAGUUGAGCUAUGCUCAUCUGUCGAAUGCAAAGGUAUCAUUGGUAACGAUGGACGUCAUUAUAUUCUAGAUCUUCUCAGAACCUUCCCGCCAGAUGUGAAUUUCCUUAAACUUGAAGGAGAAGAACUCAGCGAAGAAGUGCUAGCUUUGGGUUUCCCCGUCAUACAUAAACACAAGUUGUGCUGUUUGAGACAAGAAUUGAUUGACGCGUUUGUGGAAUCUAGAUACGUAAUGUUUAUUAAAUACGCUGCUGCUCAUUUACAACAACUUGGAUCGAAGAAAUUCGAAGAAAAGGCUAUUACUGCUCCUGAAACAGAAAAGGACGAAGAGAAAAAAGAAAAGACAAUCGAAGAAUCAAACGAAGAAAUCGACGUUGAAAAAGUCACCGAAGAUAGCUCUAUAGAAACUGACGAAGCGAAGAAAAUUGUCGAAAGUAUUACAGAUUCGAUAACAAACGGAGAAAAACAAGAACUAGAAGAAAGUACAAAAGAAGUAGUGAAAAAAGCAGCUCUUGCGGUUGGAUCGCUGAAGGAAACCGAAUUCGAUGUGAGAUUCAAUCCAGAUGUAUUUUCACCCGGUGUUCGACAUGUAAAUCCGGACAGCGAACGGUUCAAAAAAGAAAAACAGUUGGUCAAAGAUGCUGCCUGUUUUUUGGUUACUGCGCAGAUUCCCUCUUAUAUCCGAGAAUGUUUAGAGCAUUCGAUAUCGCCGAUGGACGGCGUUACUUUGGUCGAAAGCUUGCAUGCUCGGGGCAUAAAUGUGCGUUAUUUGGGUAAAAUCGCCCAAAAGUUGUCGUCGAUUGAUCAGCUGAACUAUCUGCACAGUAUCGCCAUCAGCGAACUGGUUACCAGAUCUGCGAAACACGUUUUUACCACCUAUUUGCAAAAUACCGAAAUGAUGAGUUUAGCUACGGCCGUUAGUCAUUUUCUGAAUUGUUUCCUGUCCUCGUGUCCAGUACCACAUCCUCAAACUAGCAUGGAAGAUCUCCAAACUAAAUGCGCUAAACGAAGAAAUAAACGAAAGGGUAGAAUUAAUCGUCUGAUCGCUGUCGAUAACAACCAGUGGGCCAACAUGACACCCAAAGUGUUAUGGAUUCAAAUCAAACACGAAAUCAAAAAAUAUUACGAUUUUGAGCUGAUUGGCGAUAAUAUUGAAGCUGUUUGUACUCAGUAUUCGCUUCAAAGAAUAUCGUUAUUGAGAUCGUUUUGUAUGAAAAAUGGUGUUCAGAUUUUACUCAGAGAAUACAACUUUGACGCGAAGAACCGUUUGACCUUUUUCGAAGAAGAUAUCGUCAAUAUUUUCCCUGUCGUGAAACACAUCAAUCCGAGAGUAAGUACGGCCAGCGACGCGUACAACUUCUACACAACAGGCCAAAACAAAAUCCAACACGGAUAUCUGAAAGAAGGUUACGAAUUGAUCAGCGAGGCGUUGAAUUUAUUGAACAACGUGUACGGAGCAAUGCACCCAGAAAUCGCACAAUGUCUGAGAAUGCUGGCCAGAUUGAACUACAUUAUGGGUGAUCACGCCGAAGCGAUGUCUUUCCAACAAAAAGCUGUGUUAAUGUCUGAACGAGUUAAUGGUAUCGAUCAUCCUUCUACAAUCACCGAAUAUACGCACUUGGCUUUAUAUUGUUUCGCCAACAGUCAAAUUAUUAUCGCGUUGAAGUUACUGUAUCGCGCUAGGUACUUAUUGUUGUUGACGUGCGGUGAAAACCACCCAGAAGUUGCCUUAUUAGAUAGUAAUAUAAGUUUAAUUUUACACGCGGUCGGAGAAUACGAUCUGUCGUUGAAAUUCUUACAUAGUUCUCUAGCCCUUAAUAAACGUUUCUACGGCGCGAAAUCAUUGAAGGUGGCCGUUAGUUAUCAUCUAAUCGCCAGAACGUUGAGCUGUAUGGGUGAUUUUCGAGCUGCUUUGUCCAAUGAAAAAGAAACAUACUCUAUUUACAAGCAUCAGUUAGGUGAAAAUCACGAUAAAACUAAAGAAUCGUCAGAAUGCCUGCGUCAUCUUACGCACCAAGCGGUUAUACUGCAAAAGAAAAUGAACGAGAUUUGUAACGGUAAGACUGGAUUUUCGUUGCCGCCGAUCCAAAUCCAGCCUCCGUCUAUGGGCAAUGUGCUAGAUAUGCUCAAUGCAAUCAAUGGUAUUCUGUUCGUUCAAAUAAGCUCGCAGGAUAUCGAAAAUCUCAAAGCGGAAAUGGAAAAACAAGCCAGCGCCGUUGAAGUAGACUCGAAGAAACAGAAAAGUAUUGAAGAAAAGGCUGAACUAUGAAGAAAAAAAGAGAAAUAUUUGGGCAAAAAUCAUUGAAAUUAAUUUACAGUUUGCGUACCGACUUGAUUCGGGCGAUUUGUCGAUUUGUAGGAGAGGAGUUUUGUAGAGAAUUUCGGCAUUUAGUUUUUAGUCCUUUUUUUUUUUUUUGUUUGUUUGUUAUUGAUUUAGAUGUCGUUGUAUGGAACAUAAUAAUAAUUAUAUAUAUUUUUUUAUAUAAGUUCUCCAUAUUAGUCUGAAUUUUUGUCAAAAUAAACAUUGGUAGUCAUUGAUUAUAACGUAGUAGUGAUAGUCUGAGAACCAUUUUCUGUUUUAUUUUCCUUUUUAGUUUGCACGUUGAAGAAAUCGUGAUAGUUUUAUUUUCUUUUUUAAUUUUAAGUGUUUUUAUCACCCGUGUUUUUAUGUUGUUUUAACGACGAUUUUUUUUCUCUUUUUUAUGAACGAUUAUUUUAUAAAAAAGAUUCAAAUCAAAAUUUUAAAUCGAUGUAUGGACGUAGAUUUCACUAAAAAUAAGCCAUUUUUAAAUUAUAAAUUUCGCAAAUCCGCCUUCACGGAGCCGAGAUCCUCCUUUAUAUCGAAUUGCGAUUAUUUUACUGUACGAAUUGUUUUUCCCCUUCUGUUUGUUUGUUUUAAUUGUUUUAUACAUACUUUAGUUCGUGAUGACGAAACAAAAGACUUAUUAAUGUAGUUACGUAAUUUUUAAGAAAGCAGUGGUGGACAUUUUGAAAAAUUGCUCGUUUAGUUUUAUACCAUAUAAGAGAAGUUUUAAUACUUAAUUCGUUGUAGUGAAUUAUGCGUGUUCUGUAGCCUUUUGUAGUUUAGGUAGUGUUACCAAAAUUGAUAGUUUAUUUAAUGAUUAACGUCUAACUUUAUAAUUAUAUAGUAGUUAUCCGCUAUAGCCUCUUUCUAUUUGUACGGUUUGUAGAGAUUUUUUCCUGACGCUGUUUUGUUUACUUAAUACAUUUUACAUAUAUAGGUUUAAUAGUGAGACGCUUCUUAAAAAUAGGUAUGUAAAUUCGUGCAGUAAGACGUAAUGCUGGCUCAAAAUAAUAUGUAUUUUAAGCAGGAAAGUGAUAUUCCUAUAAGUAAUCGUAAGUUUGGGCAGCUUGAAAUACGUACGUACACCGGUGACGUAUUCAAAUUGUUAGCGUAGGUGCUUUAUUUUUUAAAAUUCAUAUUUUUCGAAGCCUGUUUAAUGCUGUUAAUAUUUCGCUUAUUAUCCGCCACUGUUUUAGAGACGAAGAAGAAGAAAAGAACGCUAUCUGGCUGAGAGUGUGCCUAAUGCCCCCUUAUACGAUAUUUUACUAUAUCGGUUUCAUAUUAUUAAAGUGAUUUUUGACGAUAAAGGAAUAAUAGUGAUACAAGUGAAUUUUUUCGUAUAAGUAAUCGGUACGAAGUUCGUUAAUUUUUCUCUUUUUUUUGGUUAUGAAUUUACUGACUGCCUGAACGAAACGUAAAUUAUGUGCUGAUUAUUAGUCAUGUUGAUGAUGAUAGUUAUUUAUAAUUCAAAAUGUUGAUGGUUCAUUGUUAAUAAUGUUUUGUUUUGUAACGAAAUUGUGAAAAAUUAAAAAAAUAUAAAAUUAUAGAUCA